UGCACCGUUAUUCCACGGGACGGUGCGCAGUCAGCCGCCUGCACGCACUCAAUCUCUGCGCCGCGGACCUGCGCGCUGACUUCGGAUAAACUUUUCUUCUUUUUUACGCAUCUCCAAGGAGCGAAGGAGUUUUAUUGUUUAGUUUUGUGUUGCAAGAGGAUUGUCUGAUCCGCUCCUGAAAAUGCUGUUUGAGGAAUUGGAAUGAAAGUUCACUGAUCUGCAGGAAUCAUUCUCUCCAUUCUGAGGAUUUGGGCUGAAAUUAGUCGGAGCGCAGCGCGGGAUAAAAUAACUCUCCUGGAGUAUUUCGGGGACACAGAGACAUUGUGUGUGUGGAAAUAAGCAAGAGUCUCUCAUUGAUUUUCACUGGAACUUAUUUUCUGGAGUACAAUGCUUUAAUGAGCGCUCGGUAAAGUUGAUGCAUCAUAGGCAUGGACUCUGUCUGAGAAAGGUGGACUGGCUCACUGACCAUGGCGCUCACAGGUAGGGGCUCAGGCCGCUUUCAUUUGAUUCUGCUCCUGCUGUGGACUCUGUCGCACAACUCCGCGUCCAGCCAAGUCCGUCAAGAGUUCCAGGUCCUGGAGGAGCAGCCCGUCGGAACCUACGUGGGCACGAUAGAGACCAAGCCCAGCUUCACGUACCGCUUCAGCGAGAACCAUAAACUUUUCGCCAUCAACGGCUCCACGGGGGUCAUUUACACCUCCUCCGUGAUUGACAGAGAGCUUUUGCAAAGUGAUGUCAUCAACGUCGUGGUGCUGUCCAGCCAGCCCACGUACCCCACCGAGGUCCGGAUAGUAGUUCUGGAUAUUAACGACAACUCCCCGGUGUUUCCCGACGCGUCGAUCGUGGUCUCCUUCAAGGAGGACGCCAGCAGCGGCAGGCAGGUCAUCCUGGACACCGCCACCGACUCGGACAUAGGAAGCAACGGGGUGGACCACACCACGUACAGAAUAGUGAAAGGCAACGAGCAGAGGAAAUUCCGCUUGGAUAUAACAGUCAAUCCUAGUGGAGAGGGGGCAUUCUUGCACCUCGUUUCGACCGGAGGCUUGGACAGGGAAGUUACUCCCUUCUACCAGCUCCUGAUCGAGGUGGAGGACAAAGGGGACCCGAAAAAGUUCGGCUACCUGCAAGUUAACGUCACCAUCCAAGACAUAAAUGACAACCCCCCUCUCUUUGACCAAGACCAGUAUCAGACCAGUGUGUUUGAGGAUGCAGCAGUGGGCUCCAGCAUUCUGCAGAUCACAGCCUCAGAUCAGGAUGAGGGAGCCAAUGCAGAGAUCAGGUACUUCUUAGAUGAGGGGACGCCUUUUCAAAUUGACCCAAAAGCUGGUACAGUUAUUAUAAAAGAGGGUUUGGAUUAUGAGAGCAAGAGAGAGUACUCCCUGACUAUUCACGCUGUAGACAACGGAGUGCCCUCCCUGUCAGGCAGGACGGAGGCCACUGUUAAACUUUUAGAUGUGAAUGAUAACGACCCCGUUGUGAAGUUCAGAUAUUUCCCCACAACUUCCAAAUUUGCCUCUGUGGAUGAAAACGCACAGAUCGGCACGGUGGUGGCUCUGCUCACCGUCUCGGAUUCGGACUCCCCCACAGCUAAUGGUAACAUAUCUGUCUCGAUCUUAGGGGGCAACGAGCAGAGGCACUUUGAAGUGCACACGUCCCCUGUGCCCAAUUUAAGUCUGAUCAAAGUGGCCAGCGUGUUGGACAGAGAGAGAAUUUCCUCAUACAACCUGACGGUGUCUGUGUCAGACAACGGCAGGCCAAUGGCCAGGUCCUCCUUUGCCAGUCUGGUUAUUUUUGUGAAUGAUAUCAACGAUCACCCGCCCAUAUUUCAGGAAACGCUGUACAGAGUAGAUAUCAGUGAAGACAUACCAAAAGGCAGCUACAUUAAAGGGGUUUCUGCAACAGAUGGUGACUCUGGGCAGAACGCCAACCUGCGCUACUCCCUGGUGUCUGGAAACGCUUUGGGCUGGUUCUCCAUCAGUGAAAACAGUGGUCUGGUUACCAGCGCUGCUUUGUUGGAUAGGGAAAUAGCAUCUGAAAUUGUGCUCAACAUUAGUGCCAAAGACCAGGGACUGCAGCCCAAGAUUUCUUACACUAAACUGAUAGUCAACAUCACUGAUGUGAACGACCAAGUGCCUACAUUCACACAAAGCACAUAUCACGUUUCCCUGGUGGAGCACGCUCCUGCUGGCACUGAGCUGCUGGUCCUGUCUGCCUCGGAUGACGACCUCGGCAACAACGGAUCUAUCCGGUUCUCAUUUGAAGCAGAGACUCCAGCCAGUGUCCAGGAGCUGUUUCGCCUGGAUGCCGUGUCAGGGCGAUUAAGCACAGCCGUGGAGCUUGACAGGGAGGAUCAGGCCUCCUACUUACUCCACAUCCAAGCAGCAGACGCAGGCAGCCCCCCUUUACACUCUGUAGGAAAAGUCAACAUCACGCUGUGGGAUAUCAAUGACAAUAGGCCGGUCUUCUACCCCGUGCAGUAUUUUGCCAACGUGAAAGAGAAUGAGCCCUCGGGCUCUUAUGUAACCACCGUUCUAGCCACAGACCCCGAUUUGGGGCGAAAUGGCACAGUCAAAUAUAUAAUUACAGCUGGAGACGCUUCCAAAUUCCGCAUUAAUAGCAACACGGGGAAAAUCACCACUCUGGUGCCCCUGGAUAGGGAGGAGAAAACUGCUUACCAGCUGCAGGUUACGGCGGCAGAUGGCAGCGGCCUGCGCUCAAACACUCAGGCCAUUGUGACUGUGACCGUCAUAGAUACGCAGGAUAACCCGCCGGUCUUCAGCCAGAAAGUGUACAGCUUUGUCAUGUUUGAAAAUGUGGCCCUUGGCACGGUUGUGGGGACAGUGUCAGCCACCACGGUUGAUCUGAACACAAACAUUUCGUAUCUCAUAACCUCCGGGGACCAGAGGGGGCUCUUUGCUGUUAACAGUGCAGGUCAGAUCACAGCGUCCAGUCAGAUAGACAGAGAGGAGCAGGGGUUUUAUCAGCUGAAGGUUGUAGCCAGAGCCGGGGAGAUCACAGGAGAGGCCUUUGUUAACAUCACCGUGAAGGACCUAAAUGAUAACGCUCCCCAUUUUAUUCACACCGUGGAGCACGUGAGCGCGGUGGAAAACUGGAGCACAGGCCACGUGAUUUUCCAGGCGAAAGCUUCGGAUCCCGACGAAGGUACGAACGGCAUGGUGGUCUACAGCCUCAAGGAGAACCCCAGAGGCCUGUUUCACAUCCACGAGAAGCGCGGCCUCAUCACGCUGACGGGGCCGCUGGAGGUCACGACGAGUUCGUACGAGGUCGAAGUCACCGCGUCGGACAUGGGCGUCCCCCGGCACACCUCCAGCCUGGUCCUCAUCGUCAGCGUUUACGACGUCAACGACAACUCGCCCGUGUUUGACCAGCUCUCGUACGAGGUCAUCAUCCUGGAAUCGGAGCCCGUCAACAGCCGCUUCUUCAAAGUGGAGGCCACCGACAAAGACUCUGGACUCAAUGGGGAGAUUAUGUAUGACAUCGCCGGUGGUAACACGGGUGAUGUGUUUGGCAUUUUCCCAGACGGGCAGUUGUACAUUAAAGCAGAGCUGGACAGAGAAAUCCAGGACAGAUACAAUUUGGUGGUCGUGGCCAAAGACAGGGCUGUGGAGCCUCUGAGCGCCACCGUCAAUGUCACUGUGAUCCUAGACGAUGUAAACGAUAACCGCCCCCUCUUUAACAGCACUAAUUAUGUGUUUCAUUUUGAGGAAGAGCAGAAGAGGGGGUCCCGGGUUGGGCAGGUUUUUGCCGAGGAUAAGGACUUUGGCCCCAACAGCGAGGUCAGAUACACGUUUGAGACUCCGCAGCCCAACUUCGAGCUGAACGCCAUCACAGGGGAGUUGACCAGCACGCUGCAGCUGGACCGCGAGUCCCUCAUGAGACAAAGAGGCGCCGCCGUCUUCAGCUUUGUGGUCGUCUCGUCAGACCAGGGUCUCCCCAAGCCCCUCAGAGACCAGGCUAAAGUGCAGGUUUACGUUCAAGACAUCAACGACAACCCGCCUAAGUUCACCAAAGACAUUUACCAGGCCUCCAUCUCAGAGUCGGCCCCGGACAUGACACAGCUGCUGAGGGUCUCUGCCUCAGACGUGGACGAGAACAAAAACGGACUGGUUCGCUAUCACGUCGCCGACGGCAACGAGGAGGGCCAGUUUAUGCUCGACAGCAGCACCGGACAGGUGACUUUAGUUGGAAGGCUUGACUAUGAAUCUACAUCCUCAUACUCACUGAAAAUCAUAGCUGUUGAUGCUGGAGCCGUGCCCUUGUCCUCCUCUUGUAUGCUGAGUAUUAGCAUCCUCGAUGAAAACGACAACUCCCCCUCCUUCCCCAAAUCCUCGCUGUCUGUAGACGUCCUGGAGAACAUGAGGAUAGGAGAGCUGGUGGCCUCAGUGACCGCCACUGAUGUUGAUUCGGGUCAGAACGCAGACAUCACUUACAGCAUCACAGCCACAAACAACCACGGCACGUUCAGCAUCAGCCCCAACACUGGCAGCAUAUUCUUAGUCAAGAAGCUGGAUUACGAAACUCAGUCGUUUUACAAGCUCAACAUCACCGCGAAGGACAACGGCAGACCGUCCCGCUCCUCGUCCAUCCCUGUCGUUAUCCACGUUAGGGAUUUUAACGACAACCCUCCCAUAUUUAGACCUGGGGACAUUUUCAAAUCCAUCCCUGAAAACCUUCCCAUCUCCACCUCUGUUAUGACCAUCACAGCUCAUGACACAGAUGCAGACAUAAACGGACAGCUGGAGUACUCCAUUGUUCAGCAGAUUCCCCGGGGAAGCCACUUCAGGAUUGACCCGAGCACUGGCCUCAUAUACACUAACAAGGAAAUCGACAGGGAGUUCUCCAAUCUGUUUGAGCUGACGGUCAAAGCCUCCGACCAGGCAGUUCCGGUUGAAUUCCGCCGAUUCGCCCUGAAAAAUGUCACAAUCUGGGUCACAGACCUGAAUGACAACAUCCCCACUUUCGUGUCUCAGAAUGCCCUGGUGGCUGAGCCCAACAUAGUGAUCGGCUCCAUCCUGACCACGGUGGUGGCCUUCGACCCCGACGACGGCGCGAACGGGGAAGUGGAGUACGAGCUGGUGGAGGGGGACUCGGACACUUUCAUCAUGGACCGGUACAGCGGGGACAUCCGCCUGGCUUCGCAGCUGGUCCCGUCCCGACUCAUCUACACCCUCACGGUGUCGGCCACCGACCACGGCACCGACCGCAAGACCUCCAGAACUGAGCUGACCAUCAUCCUGCAGGGGAUGGACGGGCCUGUUUUCUCCCAGCCCAAGUACAUCACCAUCCUCAAAGAGGGCCAGCCACCAGGCACCAACGUCAUCUCCCUGGACGCCUCGAGCCCCAGAGGCUCUGCGAGCAAAGUGGAGUAUUUCAUUGUGGCAGUGCGGAGUGGUGGGAAAGCCGUGGGGCGCCUUUUCACCAUCGGCCGCCACACGGGAGUCAUACAGACGGCCGCGGAGCUGGAUCGAGAACAAGGCUCCGACCUCUACCUGGUGGAUGUGUACGCCAUCGAGACAGACGCCAGCCAGCCCAGAACACAGCGUGCUGAGGUGGAGAUCACGCUGCAGGACGUCAAUGACAACCCGCCCGUUUUCCCCAAUGACAUUCUGGACGUGACCAUUGAGGAGAACAUCGGAGAUGGCUUCAAGAUAAUGCAGCUAACAGCCACGGACGCAGACGAGGGCCCUAAUGCUCUCGUGACCUACACCAUCAUCAGCGGGGCGGACGACAGCUUCCGCAUCGACCCCGAGUCCGGCGAUCUGAUCGCCACCAAGAAACUGGACCGGGAGCGCCGCUCGAAGUACUCGCUUCUGGUGCGGGCGGACGAUGGGAAGCAGUCGUCCGACAUGAGGCUGAACAUCACGGUCAAGGACGUCAACGACCACACGCCCAAGUUCUCCCGCGUCACGUACUCGUUCGAUAUCCCCGAAGACAUGGCGUCAGGCUCCAUCGUGGCGGCGAUCCUCGCCAGCGACUCUGACUCAGGGGUGAACGGCGAGGUCACGUACUCGCUGGAGGACGACGACGAGGACGAGACGUUCCUCCUGAACCCCGUGACGGGGGUUUUCAACGUGACGCGUCCGCUCGACUACGAGAGCCAGCAGUACUACAUCCUGACGGCGAGGGCCCGGGACGGCGGCGGGCAGGCCAGCACGGUCAGAGUGUACUUCAACGUGCUGGACGUGAACGACAACCCGCCCGUCUUCAACACCACGGUGUACAGCGCGUCCGUCUCCGAGAGUCUGCCGCCCGGAUCCAGCAUCGUCACGGUCGGGGCCAGUGAUGCAGACGAUGGUCCAAACGCACAGCUCCUCUACAAAAUAGCCUCUGGUGAUCCCCAGGGCCACUUUGUCCUCACCAAGGAAGGCGUCCUCCAGUCCAAGAAGACCCUGGACAGGGAAACCCAGUCUUUCUACAACCUGGUGAUCACGGUCAACGACCUGGCCCCGCCUCCCAUGUCCCGCUUCACCAGCACCGCCCAGGUGUCGAUCAUCCUCCUGGACGUCAACGACUGCUCGCCGACGUUCACCUCCCAGAAGAUGACCUACAUCCAGGAGAACACGCCAGUUGACACGGUGGUGUUCACCGCCAAAGCCACGGAUGCCGACAGCGGCCCCAACAGCUACGUGGAGUACUCCCUCAAAGGACCUUUCGGCAACAAGUUCAGCAUCAGCACGAUAGACGGGGACGUCCGGUUGGUCGGGGAACUGGACAGAGAGGAGCUUUCAAACUACACGCUCACAGUCGUAGCUACGGACAAAGGCGAGCCCCCCCUCUCCUCGACCAUGGACGUGACCAUGCUGGUCCUGGACGUCAACGAUAACACGCCGAGCUUCUCGCAGAACAUCUACGACAUCGAGAUCGAGGAGAACACCUUGACGGGGACCGACGUCAUCCAGGUGUUCGCCAGCGAUGCCGACGAUGGCACCAACGGGCAGAUCCGCUUCUCCAUCUCCGGGGGGAACACCAACUCUGAUUUCAGGAUCGACUCGGUCACGGGGGUGAUUUCAGUGGCCAAGCAGCUGGACCGCGAGGCGCGUUCGUCCUACUCGCUGGUGGUCCAGGCCGCGGAUCGCGGCAGCAGCACCAGAGUGGACCGAGCAACCGUCAACAUCGUGUUGCUGGACGUCAACGAUUGCUCGCCCGUGUUCGAGCUCUCCCCGUACACGGUCAACGUCCAGGAGAACCUCGAGAACCUGCCGAAAAACAUUCUGCAGGUCGUAGCCAGAGACGACGACCAGGGCGCCAACGGUCAGCUGAGCUACAUGCUGAGCGGCGGGAACGACGAGGGCGCCUUCACGCUGUCGUCCAGCGGCCAGCUGAGCCUGACCCAGACGCUGGACCGCGAGGCUCAGGGGAAAUACACCCUGCUGAUCACAGCCACCGACUCAGGCUCUCCGUCGCUGAGCGGGACGGGCACGGUGACGGUCCUGGUGGACGACGUCAACGACAACAUCCCCGUUUUCACCUCCACCAACUUCCACACCACCAUCACGGAGGACGCCCCCACCGGCACCGACGUGCUCCUGGUCAACAGCUCGGACGCAGACGUGGGCGUCAACGGCGUCAUAAGCUACAGCCUGAGCGGAGGACACGGCCAGUUCUCUAUCAACCCGGCCACAGGACAGAUUAUCACCAGCUCCCUGCUGGACCGAGAGGACAGGGCCAAUUACCAGCUGCUGGUUGUGGCAACAGAUGGAGGGCAGCCCGAGGGUUUGUCCAGCUCGGCUACUGUGUCAGUGACGGUGGCCGACAUCAACGACAACCCACCGCGCUUCCACCACCACCCUUACGUCACCCACAUCCCCGCCUCCACCGCGGCAGGGUCCUUGGUUUUUGCUGUUACCGUCACCGAUGAGGACUCGGGUUCCAACGCUCAGCUCCACUACUCCCUGACGGGGUACAACUCUGAGAAGUUCAAGAUCGACCCAGUCAGAGGGGCCAUCACUGCCAACGAGAAGCUGACCGGAAACUCAGAAGUCACCCUGAUGGUGCGGGUGAAAGACGGCGGUGCUAAUCCCAAAACGGACACGACCACCGUGACCGUGCGCUUAGUCACCGGAGGAAACUUCCCCGUUAUCAAGCUGAAGGAGCGCGCGUUCACGUUCCCCGAGAGCAAGCCCAACAACCACGUCGUUACCACGGUGACUGGAUCCUCCAUGAGGGGUGGGCCGCUGUCGUAUUACAUCGCCAGCGGCAACCUGGAUAACGCCUUUCAUAUAGACCAGCUGUCAGGCGAGCUUUCAAUCCGACAUCCGCUGGAUUAUGAACACAUUCAGAAGUAUGUUCUCUGGAUCGAGGCCAGAGAUCAAGGCUUCCCACCUUAUUCCUCUUAUGACAAGGUGGAAAUAACGGUGCUGGACGUGAACGACAACCACCCGGUGUUCAAUAAGGAUCCUUUUCACGCUGAGAUACUGGAGAACCUUUCGCCCCAGCGAGUGCUCAUGGUCUCCGCUGUUGAUCUGGAUAGUGGGCCAAACGGGCAGCUGGAAUACGCCAUCAUCGAGGGCAACAAGGAGAACAGCUUCAGCAUUAAUCGAGCCACAGGUGAAAUACGAACCACCAGGCCGCUGGACCGGGAAAAGGUGGCUCUGUAUACUUUGAAAGUGAAAGCCACUGACCGGGGUUUGCCUCCCAAAAACGCAGCGGUCAAAGUGCUAAUCAAUGUACUGGAUGUCAACGACAAUGCCCCGAGGUUUUCCAAGAUCUUUAGUAGCACGGUGGCUGAAAACGCUCCGGUGGGUUACACUGUCACCAGAGUCACCACCACGGACGAGGACGCUGGCUCAAAUGCCAUUAGCAGAUAUUCGAUUACAGACACCAGCCUCCCAUUCAGCAUUAAUCCAAACACGGGAGACAUAACAAUUAGCAGGCCGCUCAAUAGAGAAGAUACUAGUCACUACAUCGUCAAAGUGACUGCCCAUGACUCUGGCUGGACAGUAAGCACAGACGUCACCAUAUUCAUCACAGAUAUAAAUGAUAACGCCCCCAGAUUUAGUCGACCGUCUUACUACCUGGACUACCCCGAGCUGACGGAGGUGGGCUCCCUGGUCACACAGGUGUCUGCCACCGAUCCCGAUGAAGGUUUCAACGGCAAAAUCUUCUAUUUCAUCCGAUCCCAGUCAGAGUACUUCAGGAUUAACGCCAGCUCCGGGGAGAUAUUUGUGAAGCAGCAGUUAAAAUAUCAGAACUCGACAGGCGCUAGUAGUUUAAAUAUAAACCGCCACAGCUUCAUUGUCACGGCCUCAGACCGAGCGGUCAAGCCUCUGAUGAGUGAGACGACGGUGAUUGUAAACAUUGUCGACAGUAAUGAUAAUCCUCCCGAGUUUGAUUCGCCCGGCUACUUCACACCUGUCACUAAAAGUGUCAAGGUUGGUACCAGACUGAUCCGAGUUGUAGCUCAUGAUAAAAAAGACUUUGGCCUUAAUUCUGAGGUGGAGUACUUAAUAGUGGGUGGCAACAGCUCCAAUAAGUUCAAACUUGACAAGACAAGUGGAUGGAUUACUGUUGCCUCGUCCCUUACGUCUGAUAUGAAUAAAAUGUUCCUCAUUGAGAUCACGGCAAGUGACAGAGGAAACCCUCCUUUGUCGUCGCGAACGUCGGUGAAGAUCGCAGUCACAGAGGAAAACCACCACACACCCGAGUUUUCACAAAGCCAAAUCUCAGCUACUGUACCUGAAAGCCUUGCUGUGGGAACAGCAAUACGAACUCUGUCCGCCAGAGACAAAGAUAAAGAAAUGAAUGGCCUUAUCACCUACAGUAUAACUUCAGGCAACGACAAAGGUCUCUUUGAACUUAAUAGUAAAACUGGAGUGUUAUCCCUGGCUCUUCCUCUGGACUUUGAAGAAAAGCAGCAACACGAGCUUAGAGUUUCAGCCACCGAUGGAGGUUGGAUUGCAAAAACAAGCUAUGUCUCUGUUACAGUACACGUGACGGAUGUGAACGACAACCCUCCCGUGUUUGACCCGGACGAGUACUUCCCCGUUGUGCAGGAGAACGUCCCCAGUGGCACCACCGUGGUCAAGAUGAACGCCAUCGACCGCGAUUCAGGAGCUAAUGCAGUCAUGGCGUAUGUAAUUCAGUCAUCAGACAGUGACCUCUUUGUCAUUGACCCGAACACAGGCACCAUCACCACCCAGGGCUUCUUGGAUUAUGAAGCUAAACAGGUCUACCAUUUAACAGUUAAGGCCUUCAAUGUCCCAGACGAGGAGCGCUGCAGCUUCGCCAAUGUCAACAUUCAGCUAAAAGGAGCCAAUGAAUACGUACCUCGCUUUGUCUCCAAACAGUACUACUUUGAAAUCUCUGAAGCUGCUCCAAAAGGCACAGUGGUUGGGGAAGUUUUUGCCAGCGAUCGGGACCAAGGAGAUGAUGGAGUGGUUUACUACCUCAUUUUUGGUAAGAGCAGAAAGAAAGGCUUUGGCAUCAACAAGAAAACUGGCCAGAUUUAUGUCACAGGUACUUUAGACCGUGAGAAAGAGGAAAAGAUUUCACUGAAAGUGUUGGCCAAGAACGCAGGGAGCAUUCGGGGCGCAGACAUCGAUGAGGUGUUUGUGAAUAUCACCAUCCUCGAUGCCAACGAUCCACCUGUUUUUACCCAGGAAUUGUAUGAUGUGCAGGUUAGUGAAGGUCUGUCACCUGGUGGUCUCGUUACCUUUGUGCGGGCCGAAGACUCAGACUCAGUCCCAAGCUGGAGCAGAUUUUCUUACUCCAUCGCUCCUGAAUUUGACAAAAAUGUUUUUACUAUCGACCCGAAAACUGGCCAAGUGUCUGUGGCUGCAGAGCUAGACAGAGAAACAACUCCUGUGUAUAAUCUGACGGUUCUUGCUGUGGAUACUGGCACGCCUCCGGCAACCGGAAGCACCACUGUGAUCGUGAAUCUGGAAGAUAUCAAUGAUAACGGCCCUACGUUGACGACCGCCUAUGCUGAGGUAAUGGAGAACCAGAGAGCUGGCACGGCCGUCACAACAUUAACUGCCUCUGACCCAGAUCUACCACCCAACCAAGGCCCUUUCUUGUACAGCCUCCUCAGUUCUGGCUCUGCCAACAGCUACUUCAGCCUUAGUCAUGCUGGCGUGUUAACCACCAGUCGGGAAAUCGACAGAGAACAGAUUAGUGAUUUCUACCUCUCUGUUGUGAUCAAGGACUCUGGUUUGCCUCAGAUGUCCUCCACGGGAACCAUUCACGUCAAGAUUAACGAUCAGAAUGAUAAUCCUUCAGAGCCGAGGUCUGUGGAAAUCUAUGUCCACUACUUUGGAAACAUGUUUCCUGGAGGUUCUUUGGGAGACGUCAAACCCCAAGACCCCGACAUUCAGGACAGAUUCCACUGCUCCCUUAUCCCUCCAUCCUCCGGUCUGUUUAGUAUUCCAGCUGGAACGUGCAACCUCAACUCUAAAGCUCGCUCAGCAGAUGGAUCUUUUGAGCUAACUGUCCGCAGCAGUGACGGUGUCCAUGGUUCAGUCAGCAACACAGCCAGAGUCCUCUUCAUGGGCUUCACCAAUGCCACAGUGGACAACAGUAUACUCAUUCGGCUCCACUCUGAAGGAGUCAAAAGCUUUCUCACCAACCACUACCUCAGCUUCUUACGCAUUGCCAACUCUCAGCUAGCCGGACUAGGCACCGGGGUGCUGCUUUAUGGAGCGUUUGAGCUCAACAAUCAGACUUUCCUAAUGGCAGCUGUAAAACGAGGCCAUGGACAAUAUGUUAACCCCAGCGGUGUGGCCACAUUCUUCCAGAGUAUCAAAGACAUUUUAUAUAGACAGAGCGGGGUGCAAAUAGACGCGGUGGACCAUGAUCCUUGCACACGUAACCCGUGCCAGAAUGGAGGCAGCUGCAAGAGGCGUCUCAGUGUCGGGCCUGAUAUGAAGACAGAAGAAAGCGUCCCCGUGAUCCUUGUUUCCAACCACCCCCUGCAGCCCUACGCCUGCAGCUGCAGGCCAGGCUACACCGGGGCUCUGUGUGAGACUGACAUCGAUGAGUGCCAGCCAUCGCCCUGCCACAAUGGCGGCACCUGCCAUAAUCUGGUGGGGGGUUUCUCCUGCACCUGUCCUGAGGGUUUCACCGGGAUGGCCUGUGAGAGGGAUAUCAACGAAUGCCUUUCCAAUCCCUGCAAGAAUGGGGCGCUGUGCCAGAACUUCCCCGGCGGCUUCAACUGCCUCUGUAAAUCCGGCUUUGCAGGCAAAACGUGUGAUUCCAUCAUCAAUCACUGUGAGUGUAACCCGUGUUUUAAUGGCGGGUCCUGUCAGAACCGGGUGGACGGAUAUUACUGUCAUUGUCCGUUUGGGGUUUUCGGGAAACACUGCGAACUGAACAGCUAUGGCUUUGAGGAGCUCUCCUACAUGGAGUUUCCAUCUCUGGAUCCCAACAAUAACUACAUAUAUAUCAAGUUUGCUACCCUGCAGAGCAACGCGCUGCUUAUGUACAACCACGAUAACCAGACCGGAGACAAGGCGGAAUUCCUGGCGUUGGAGAUCUUCGAGGGACGGAUGCGCUUCUCUUUCAACUUGGGGAGUGGAACUUAUAAACUGAUGACUAUGAUAAAAGUUUCAGACGGGCAGUUCCACACCGUCAUCGCCAGGAGAGCGGGGAUGGCCGCAUCCCUGACCGUUGACCUGUGUGGCGACGACCAGGAACCGGGCUACUGCGCCGUGAGCAACGUGGCCGUCCACACCGACUGGAUCCUGGACGUGCAGCCCAACAGGCUCUCGGUGGGAGGCGUCAGGUCAAUAGAACCUGUCCUUCAUCGGCGCGGUCAGGUCGCCACCCACGACUUCAUCGGCUGCAUCAUGGAGUUCGCCGUCAACGGCCGCCCGCUGGAGCCCAGUCAGGCGCUGGCAUCGCGUGGCAUCCUUGACAGAUGUCCGAGACUGGAAGGAGCCUGCACCGCCAGCCCCUGCAGACACGGGGGAACCUGUUUGGACCACUGGUCCUGGCAGCAGUGCCAGUGCAUGGAGGGCUUCACUGGCAAGUUCUGUGAGAAGUACAUGACGGCGGACACUGCCCUGUCUCUGGACGGCACCGGCCGCCUGGACUACUCCCUGAAGCAGGGCCCCAAGCGCGACGUCCUGCUGAGGCGCUCCCUCCCGGGCACGACCCCCGACCCCGCCGCUCCCAGCAGCUUGGAGGUGAAGUUCAGGACGCGCAGCAAGAGCGGCACUCUGCUGCACGUGCAGGAGAGCAGCAACUACACCACGGUCAAGCUGAGGAACGGCAACAUCCAGUACAUCUCGGACGCCGGCGUCGGCGGGAAGGUGGAGCGCACCGUGGCGGACGCCGUGCUCUCGGACGGCCAGUGGCACACCCUCCACCUGGUCAAGAACGGCUCCACCACCGUGCUCCACGUGGACCACGACUACCACAGGGUCAUCCAGCACCCCACCCAGGACUUCGGAGGGCUCGACGUUUUGACCUUCGCCCUCGGAGGGAUCCCGCCCGGACCCGCGCAGCAGAAAACCGGAGCAGGUUUUGACGGCUGCCUGGCGUACGUGAAGUACAACGGGGAAAACCUGCCGUUCACCGGAGACCACAGCCUCGUCACCUUAGCCAAGACCAGUUCGUCCGUCAAGAUCGGCUGCAGGGGCCCCAACGUGUGCGAGAGCAGCCCGUGCCCGGACGGCCUGAUGUGCGUCAACCAGUGGUACGAACACCAGUGUGUCUCUCCCGGAGACUGUGCUUCCAAUCCCUGCCAGAACCAAGGCAGCUGCGUGCCGGACCUCCGCUCGGGUUUCACCUGCGUCUGCUCCGAGUUCUACACAGGCAAGACUUGUGAGACCUUGGUGGCCUGCCUGGGUGUCCAGUGCCCUCAGGGCACCGUCUGCAACACGGCCAAUAACGGUGGAUUUGUGUGCAGCCCCAGCCCCACAGCGGAGACCAUGGUCCUCCCCAUCUGGGCGGUGCCGGCUAUCGUCGGCAGCUGCGCCACCGUCCUCGCCCUGGUGGUGCUCAGCCUGAUUCUGUGCAACCACUGCAAGGAUCGCAACAAGACCAAAGUGCCAAAGGAGCCCAAGGAGAAGAAACCCAAGGAGAAGAAGAAGAAGAAGAAGAAGAAGGGUAGCGAAAAUGUGGCGUUCGAUGACCCGGAUAACAUCCCGCCGUACGGGGAUGACAUGACGGUACGGAAGCAGCCAGAGGGGAACCCCAAACCGGACAUCAUCGAGAGGGAGAACCCUUAUCUGAUCUACGACGAAACAGACAUUCCCCACAACAAUGAGACGGUCCCGAGUGCGCCCUGUGCCCCCUGCAACGGCCCGGAAGCAGAUAUCGAACACUACGAUAUAGACAACGCCAGCAGCAUCGCCCCUUCAGAUGCAGACAUCAUCCAGCACUACAAGCAGUUCCGUAGUCACACGCCGAAGUUUUCCAUCCAGAGACACAGCCCGCUGGGCUUCGCCAGACAGUCGCCGCUACCCCUGGGAGCCACGAGCUACACCUACCAGCCUCAGUACACGCAAGCGCUGAGGUCCACUCCGCUCAGCCACUCCCACUCAGCCUGCCCCACCCCGAACCCCCUCUCCAGACACUCCCCAGCCCCGUUCACCAAGCCCUCCUCUUUUUACCGAAACACCCCAACCAGAGAACUCAACCUCGCUCGUCGUGAGGGCAGCCCCCUCGACCUGCACAACGACAUGUGCCAACCGCCACCCAUGUUCAACUACGCCACCCGGCUGGGGAGGCGCAGCAAGAGUCCGCAGACCAUGGCCGGCCACGGCCACACCUCCAGGCCCGGCAGCCGGCUGAAGCAGCCGAUCGAGCAGAUCCCCCUGGAGACGGGGCCUCCCGUGGGACUGUCCAUCGAGGAGGUGGAGCGGCUCAACACGCCGCGCCCGCGCAACCCCAGCAUCUGCAGCGCCGACCACGGGCGCUCCAGCUCGGAGGAGGACUGCCGCAGGCCGCUGUCAAGGGUUCGCAAUCCCGCCGACGGCAUCCCUGCCCCGGAGUCCUCUUCGGAAAGUGACUCACACGACUCCUUCACCUGCUCGGAGAUGGAGUACGACCGGGAGAAACCCGUGUCUUACAGCUCCCGGGUUCCCAAGCUCUCGCAAGUCAACGAGUCCGACGCCGACGACGAGGACUACGGCGGGAGGCUCAAGCAGAGGCGGUACUCGAGCCGGAGAGCGGAAGGAGGGCCUGGCGUCGCCCAGAUGCCUCCUACCGAGCAGCACUACACCCUGCCCCACAAACUGGGCCAGCAAGCCGGGGGCUUCAACUGGGACAAUCUGUUGAACUGGGGCCCCGGCUUUGGACAUUAUGUAGAUGUGUUCAAGGACUUAGCCUUGCUCCCUGAGAACGCGGCAGCAAAAGACAUUGAAAUGAACAGUGGGGAUGGCUCGGUGACUAUCCUAAACGAAGGAGAAGCUGAGCAAUAUGUAUGAGACUAUUUAUUACUGUGUUGUAGAAUAUGGUGAUGUUCUCCAUUUUAAAAAAAAAAAAGAAAAGAAAAAAGACUGUAUAUUUUGAGAGAACAUUGGACUUCGUGUUUUUUUUUUGUUUUUUUUUUUUACAUUACUCAAAAUAAAAAAGACGACUUUCAAUGCAGUAAGGCAGAAACACCUGAAAACAGUGACAGCUUUUGUCAUUUGCCACCUUGGAAUAGUUUACCAGCCUCUUCUGGGUUCGACCUGUACAAAUUGUGCACUCCAUCUCUCCGAGGCCUCGUUACGGCGUAUCCGAUGACACCGAGAGGCUCAAAAGCAGAAAUCCCUGUCUGAAUUCAAUUUAGCGGGUCCGAGGCUCCGUUUUCACGUUAUCUUGAUCAAACAUUUCUGCUCCAUAUUACCAGUAUUGCCUCUCUCUCUCGUGUCCAAAAAAAAAAAAAAAAAACUUCUGUCACAUUCGCAGCUGAGAGAUAAGAGUAGAUAACGCACGCAGGAAGAGAAUUUCAGCAAGAGAGAAACUUUAUCUAGGGGUCGAAUUUUAUUUUACUUGAAAGGAAGCAUGUGUGUUUGAUCCGACUGCACCUGUAGGUGACAGGACGCGGCCCCCGGUGUGAAAGUGAGUGCACCGCUUCGCUCGCACGGUAUUGCAGUGUUAUGACCCCCCUCCCACCCCCCCACCCCUCUGUCUUGUGCGACUGCCUUCGUCCCGCCGUGUUUUCUCACAGAAGACUGGCUAAACUCUCCAAGAGUGAAGAUUUAAUCGAGUCCCCUGCCUUACAGACAUUUGAGGAUUUCAGUUUGGGAGAGACCUUCUCCUCCUCUUCUGUUUUUCUGGCCUAAGUUCAGGAGGAGGAGGAGGAAGGGUUUGUUUCGCAUUCUCUGACCAGCCAAGUGUUUUCUCGGGCAACGCUGAUGAUGAUGUUGAUGAUCCUGUAAACACGACCCCCCCACCCCCAACCCACCCCAACUAAAACACUAUGAACUUGUGUACAUUUUGUUAAUCCAUGGGUAAUCGUGGAGCCAUUUUCAUCAUGUUGUUGGUGUCCUUGUUCAUUAUUUUGACAUGUAUGGUUUCUACAUUUUUGUACUGUUUAUUAACUUAAAUUACUUAAGCUGUGUUUUUAUGGAUAUUUUCAUAUGCUGAAAUGUAUGUCCUUACUUUCGGGGAAAGUAAGAUUGAAGACUUAUUUUUUACAUUUGUUACAUAUGUAACAUCAGUAUUUUCCACUUUUGAUAAAACUAUAACAUGCUGUAUGCUUUGUACCUGUAAAAAGCCAAUAACAGAAUAAAAAAAAGUAUUUAUUUAAAAA